AUGAGUUCCCUUUCAAUCUAUGAAGAUGAUAUCCCUUCCUUGUACGGAAAGCGGGUGAUCAUCACUGGAGCAUCCUCAGGUAUUGGUCAGGCGGCGGCCGCGAUAUUUGCACAGAAGGGCGCUUCAGUGCUCAACCUCGAUGUCAACCCCCCGGAGGGCAGGCCACAUGAAAGGGUCGAGUACCGACAAUGCGACGUGUCUGACUGGGAUAGUCUCCGGUCAGCAUUUCAGAGCGCGGGUGAUAUUGAUAUCGCAGUUUCCAAUGCAGGUGUCUCCGAAGAGACCGAUUAUUUUGCCGACACAUUCGAUAUGGCUACGGGGGAUUUGCUUGAGCCUCAAUACCGGGUUUUGGAUGUCAACCUGCGGGCCGUGCUGAAUUUCACCAAGCUGGCGAUCAGUCAUUUUCGUGGACGCAAGCACGCAGGAAGCAUCGUCAUCACCUCGAGCGCCACUGCAUAUGCGCCGGAACAGUCGCUGCCCGUGUACAGUGCAGCCAAAUUGGCGUUGAUCGGCCUUGUUCGUUCCCUGCGAUCUGCUCUCCUCUUGGAUAGCAUUACAGUCAAUGCCAUUGCGCCGGCCGCAACCAUCACCAACUUGCUCCCUAAGCAUCUCGCCGCACCUAUCAUCGCGUCUGGUCUGCCGGUCAGUUCGGCUGAAUUCGUGGGCUUAGCCGUCGUUUAUUCUGCAGUGGCAUCCCAAUCGCAUCCGGUCGAACUGUACGGAAAGGACAAUGGCAGUUCCGGUCAAAGCCCUUCGCGGUGGAACGGACGUACUAUUCUUACACUGGGAGCUGAGUACACCGAGCUGGAAGAGCCCAUCGCUGCCCUCCGGCCACAAUGGUUCGGGGCGAAAAACACUGAGUUGACACGGCUCCAGCAAGCCGCGACGGACUUCCGGACAUUCGUCUAA